AUUGACAGGGCAUAUUUAUUCACAAAAUUAUGAUAUGAAUUAAGAUUCAAUGACAUAAAUGUAUCUAAUGAAUUCACUCAUCUUUUUGAGAUGAAUUUAGUGACUUCCAAGGUGAACUACUAGCAUCACAUUCUCUCUUUUCCUUGUACCUGUGUUAAUAUCUUUCUUAUGUGUUUUCUCUCUUUCCAUUUCUCUGCUUAUACCUUCAAUCUGGUGCCAUUCAUUGAAAUGAAGAACAAGAAGCAACUAGAUUUGGGGUAGAAAUCUUCCCAGGGAAGGAAGAAAUAAUAUGAGACAUGCAAAGCUCACUGCCAGCCCUUCAUAUGACAGACCUCAGUAUUUCCCAACCCCUACACGUGACACCCUGUUUGUCUCCCAGGAUCAUGGAUAAAUAAGAGUCUUUCCAAACACUAGAAUAUCCUCUGAAGACAUGUUAUGAAUAAAGUUUAAAAGUGUUUUUCAUAAGUGUCACCUGGAGAGAAAGUUUCCAGCAGUGUCCUCAGCUCCCCCAGCCUGCACAGCCAUUGCUGCUGCUGGCACAGUGGUAAUUGAAGGUCCCAGGGGAGGUGAGGUCACAGAGCCACAGACCCAUAUCUCAGGAGCUGGCCGCCUCCCUGCAGCAUGCAUCUUGGUCAGAGAGGCCUCUGCACUGAGGUCACCAUCCUGGCAGAGAGGAAGAGCCUGGAGAGUGACUCAGGGUGAGUGUGAAAGCAGCAUCUGUGAGAAGAGGCCCAUGAAGAGUCUGGGUAAGUGAUCACAGCCGAAAACGGGACACUCAGUUGAACCCUCCAUAAGCCAGAGCCACACAAGUAUUAAAAUGGUUGACGAAGAAUGGCUCCAGGUAGCAAAGAUAAAUGGGUCCUAGCCUAAAUGCCAAACCACCAUGGAUCCUAAUUUAACUAAAUGUGAUUCUUAGUGACAGGGAUUGCUGUUGUUUAGCCCAAAUGAAAAUUAAAUGUUAUUUAAUUUUAUUUAAUUUUCAAGGUGUACAAGGAGGUGGUUUUAAAGUCACCCAGCUGCUCAGUUUCCCUCACAGGAAGUCUACACUAAAUCUUCAUGAUUUCUAGGUCCAGACUUAUAGUAUCUCCCUGUUUGUGUAUGGAGUAGGAGGAGCUCACAGGAAUCUUCUUAAGCCUGUGCAGAGAGAGAGAGCUGAUGGUGACUGCUUGGGCAGAACAUUUUCUCUGACUCUCACCAUAGUGCAGACAACAGAGAGAGUAAUUACCACUCCUGAAAGCCUAAGAAUUCAAGGAUAAUGAGGGCAGUUCUCUAUACUGUAGAAAGGAACAUGUAUGGAAAAGUGGACAAGAUUAUUACAGAUUUAUAAUACUAUCUUUAAGAGCUUUAUAUUUUUUUUCAUGUCAGAUAUCUGCUGAUUUUAGUGAAUGCACCAUAUGGCAUAAGAAUCUGAUAGUGGAGCAGGGUAUGAAUGUGCAGGGGACAUAGGGAAGCUCUUCACUCUCUGUUCAGUAACAUGUGAACCUACAUUUUUUCUACUCAAUAAAUUUAGCUAAAUAUAUGUAUUCAAAUGAAUACAGAAAUUCUAGUAUUUGACUUUUAAAAUCCUACACAUACUUAUUUUCAUGGAUGGCUCCUGUUGUAAUAUCAUUCACUAAUCUUACUUCUUUGAAAUAUUUUUUCUUAGGUAUUAAUUAGCCCAUAUUUGUAUCAUCUGAAGAAGGGAAUAUUUUGUUUCUACACUAUUUCUCUUUAAUUAUGUGUUACUUUUUGGUAUUCCAAGACUUUGGACAUGGCCUGGAAAUGUGGCAAAAUUGCUGUGACAGGGGCCACUAAAGCAUAUUCCUAACAUACAGCCAUAUGAGUUAUGGGGUAGCUGUCCUGAUGUGCAGCCAGCCCUGACUCACUGCAGGUGGCUCACCAUGGGACAGGUGCCUGCAGAGCUAGAGUUCCCUCAAUGCACCUGCAGGUAUUAAAAUAUCUAAAUGUUCCAUCAUAAUUGACCUUGUACAUAGAAUAAAUAUUUACAAAUAAAUUAAAAAUUUAAAAUGAAAAGUUUAGAAAUACUACUAGUUUGGAGAUAAUAAGAAUAUAUAGAAAUGGAAGUAAAUAUGAGCUGGAUUAAUAGAAGAACCUGCUCAUUAUUAUUACAGAAGCUUGAUGAUACAUGCUAUUCUCUUUGUAAACACUCAGCCAGUAUCAAGAGCCCUCUGUGCACCUGAUCAGAGUAUGAAUCUGGACAGAGACUUAACAUGUGUGUGCACGAGUUCUCCUGGUCAUCUCAGCCCGUGCAUUAUGUCAUGAAGAUUCAGGAAUCACCAUGUGCUGCCUUCACAACAGGGAUUUUUAACUUCAGCACUUAACUGGUCAUAUGAACCUCAUUAAAACCUGCUAGUGAAAAUAAAAUCUUAUGUAAGUUCUCAGGGUGGGAACUCUGGAGUGUGGGCAAUAUUGGAUUUUGGUUGACAGGACACGUGAAGCCCAGGCUUCUUGUUCCCCUGCAGGACCCUCUGGCUGGGACAGCAGGGAACUGGCAGGAUGGCAGCCAGUGAUGUGGCUGUAGGCAUGAUCUUCCUGGCACAGACUGUGGUUGGAGCUCUGGGCAAUUCCUCUCUUUUCCUCCAUUACUUGGGCCUUUACCUCACUGGGUGCAGGAUAAGACACACAGACUUGAUUCUUCAGCACUUGAUUGUGGCCAACUUGUUAGCACUCCUGUGUAGAGGAGUUCCCCAGACAGUCGCAGCUUUUGGAGUGAAAGGUUUCCUAAGUGAUGUUGGAUGCAAGCUGCUUUUCUAUCUUCAGAGUGUGGGCAGGGGUGUGUCCAUUGGCAGCACCUGCCUCCUGAGUGUCUUCCAGGCCAUAAAGAUUAGUCCUGAGAAUUCCAGCUAUUCAGAGCUUAAAGUGAAAGCUCCCAGAUACUUUGGUCUCUCCAUAUACCUGAACUGGAUUCUGUACCUGCUUGUAAAUAUUAUGAUUAUUUUACAAAUGACUCGAAAAAGGAGCACCUAUAAUAUCACAAACAUGAAAGAUUUUGAAUACUGUUCUGGUGUUCAUCGUGACACAACAUUACAAUCACUGUAUGCAGCAUUGGUAACAUUCCCUGAUGUCCUGUGUGUGGGGCUCAUGCUCUGGGCCAGCAGCUCCAUGGUGCUCAUCCUGCACAGGCACCAGCAGAGAAUGCAGCAUGUUCAUAAGGCCAGCUCCCCCAGGCCCUCCCCUGAGUCCAGAGCCACCAAAACAAUCCUCCUCCUGGUGAGCACCUUUGUCUCUUUUUACACCCUUUCCUGCAUCUUUCAGAUUUGUGUGAUUAUUAUUUAUAAUCCCCACUGGCUGCUGGUAAAGAUGGGUGCAAUGGUUGCUGGGAGUUUCCCAGCUGUCAGCCCCUUUCUGCUCAUGAGCAGGAACUCCACUGCAUCCAGGCUCAGUCUCUCUUGGAUAAGGAUCAGAAAAAACCUUAUGUCAGAGGGAACAUCUAAAUUAUAGGCUUUUGCACAAUUCUUACGUGUUUCUUCAUUUGUACCCACAAAUUAAAAGAAUAGUGAUAGUCAUAUCUCUAAGAUGGAUAAUCAACACACAUGUACUUUUUUAUUAUAGUGUGUGCAUGUGUGUGUGUGUAUGUGUACCUGAGUGAGUGCACAUGUAUACCACUUAGAUUUGGAUUUAUUCUCCAUCCGACAAUAUUUUGGGAAAAGUAAAUGUAACAAAUAUAAAUUUCAGACUUCAUAUACCAAUUACAACAAGAACAAAAUUCUUCAUAAAAUCUGCUUUCUUUAUUUUCCUGCUAUUUUGGUUUAUUAAAUUGUGAAAACAAAUGACAUGAAUUUUUCUUUUAUCUACAUAUUAUGGUUAUGUCUCAGCUGUGUCUUUUGAAGGAAAUAUCAAAGUGAACACUAUCAAAUGUUUGUCCUUUUGCCAUGGAGUGAGACAUAUUUUAUGUAAUCUUGACAUGAUGGGAAGCAAAGGUCUACUAAUGUCCUCUUUAUUAGACAGUUUAUAUUGAAUUUAUUGAUUUCUGUGCUGUGAUUGUCACAAUGCAAUAUUUCUUAUUGUCAUAAAAUAAUUAGAAUUUAAUCUUUAUUUACUG